AUGAGUAAGACUACAGUCGCUGAGUCUGCAACAGACAAGCAGAACUUGAACCAAUAUGAGCAGCAUUAUUUCACUUCCUAUGAUCACUACGGUAUUCAUGAAGAAAUGUUGCAAGAUACCGUUCGUACUUUAUCCUAUCGUAACGCUAUAAUUCAAAACAAGGACAUGUUUAAGGAUAAGGUUGUCCUAGAUGUCGGUUGUGGUACUGGUAUUCUAUCCAUGUUCGCCGCUAAAAACGGUGCUAAACAUGUUAUUGGUGUUGAUAUGUCUAGUAUUAUUGAAAUGGCUAGAAAUUUGGUUGAACUGAACGGGUUCUCCGACAAGAUUACUUUACUACGUGGUAAGUUGGAAGAUGUUGAAUUACCUUUCCCAAAGGUUGAUAUAAUCAUCUCCGAGUGGAUGGGUUAUUUCCUUCUAUAUGAGUCUAUGUUAGACACAGUUCUAUAUGCAAGAGACCGUUACCUUGUUGAAGGCGGUUUAAUCUUCCCGGACAAAUGUUCUAUCCAUGUUGCCGGUUUGGAAGAUGCUCAGUAUAAGGACGAAAAGAUUAACUACUGGCAUGAUGUAUAUGGAUUUGAUUACUCUCCAUUCAUUCCUUUAAUUAUGAAGGAGCCAAUUGUUGACACUGUUGAAAGAAAUGCUGUCAACACUACGAGAAGUCAAUUAAUUGAAUUCGAUCUAAACACAGUAACAAUCGCCGAUCUUGCAUUCAAAUCGAAGUUUAAAGUUCAAGCCAAGAGGCAGGAUGUCAUUAGUGGUCUAAUCUCAUGGUUUGACAUUGAAUUUCCUGCACCAAAGGGUCAAAAGCCGGUAACUUUUUCCACUGGUGCUCAUGCUCCAUACACUCACUGGAAACAAACUGUCUUCUACUUUCCAGAUGACCUAGAGUGUGAAACUAACGAUGUUCUUGAAGGUGAGUUAGUUUGUGCACCAAACAAGCAAAAUAACAGAGAUUUGGACGUCAAAAUCAGUUACAACUUCAAGCCGGUUGGUAUUGACGCCAGUUCAAGAACUAAGAAGAAUGAGGCUACCUUCAUCAUGCAUUAG